AUGAUUAAAUUAUCAAAUUUUAUUUUAUUAUUCUUUAUUUAUAUAACCAUUUUGCUUGUAAAUUCUCAAGAUAUUUACGUUAAUUACAACGUUCCAAAAGGUUACAGUACUUUCGAUGAAUGUGGUGAUUGGAAUACUCCUUGUGUUUCCAUAGAAGAUGCCGGUAAAAGAGCCAUUUCAAAUUCAAUUGCUUCUGGUGUAGAUCAAUUUAUCACUAUUGUUGGAAAUGUCGAUGGAACCACAUCAGCCUCAUUUAGUAACUUGUACAAGUAUUGUGGUACUUUAAAUAUCAGAUCAUAUAAUAACGUACCUGUUACAAUUGAUGGAUCAUCUUCAACUACUCCAUUUAUUACUAUUGAAGAGAAUGAAGUUGUGAGUUGUAACAAAAAAAGAAGAUAUAUAUUUAGAUUCUUACAAUUUGAAAACUGGGAUCAAACUUUAGCAAAAAUUAACAUUAAUCAAGAAACAAACCUUGCCUCUAUUGAAGACUCAAAGAAUGUUGCUAUUGCAUUUUUUAACUCUAAAUUGACUUCAAUAAGUAGUCUUUCUCUUAUAUAUCCAAAGAAUAUUGGAUAUGAAUAUAAUCAGAUUGCAACCUCAAUUACCUUUAAUACUUUAGUAGCUGAAAAAUUAACAUCAUCUUCAACUCUCUUUGCACCAAAUUCAAUUACCAACUAUUUACCCCCAGUUUACAUAGUUGGUGGUACAACUAGUUUCUACUCUGCCACCUUUAAUGAUAAUAACUUUACUACCACUCCCUUCAUUUAUACUGUUGGCGGAGAGUCAAGAUUUACUUCAAGCAUAGUUUUUAAUAAUAGUAUCUUUUGUACUCCAUUUUCAUUUGCAAAUGCAGCUAUUGGAACUUAUAGAAAUUUAGUUUUCAACGACUAUAAACUUACAACUUUAGUUCAAGCUACCGGAACACCAGUUUUAUCUUAUUCUUUAAUGAAUAUUCAUGUAACUUUAAAUACAGCCCAAGAUGUCCCAUCUGGUUUCUGUUCUAUCAAUCAAUAUUUGGGUUAUACUUUUAGUGACUCAUUCAUUGUUGUAAAGGAUAGUGGUAGCUCACCUAUCUAUUCAAAUGUUUACCCAUCAUCAUCUUCAAAUCGUAUUCCUGUAUUAAUUGAUAAUUCUAAUGUUUCCUUUUGGCCUUACCUUAAUUUAGUUGAAACUAGUUUUGAUUUUAAUUUUGUCAAUAGCCAGAUAAGCUUGUAUUAUCCAAUAGGUGAUUCAAAUGGUAUUAUUAGAGGAAGUAAUUCAACUAUAAUGUUACAUUCAGUAGAAGAUAAUAGCGUUGCUUGUGGUUGUUCAAAUUGUCAUUUCGAUAGCAUGAUCGGUACAAUAGAAUGCCCAAUAGUCACACCAACUCCAUCAACCUGUAUGUGUUCUUGUCCAUGUGUAUCAUCCUCAUCAUCCUCAUUAUCAUCUUCAUCAUUUUCAUUAUAG